UAACUGUAAGACUGUGAGAUAACAGCCUGUGGCACGUUUACUGGUGAGGAACCAUCAAAUAUGGCUAUAAUCAGUGUAAAUAUGGUCACCGGAUAUUCACCAGUAAAGGCGUCAUUGCGGGAGCUUAUUGGCAAGCCAAGUAAAGGUUCCCAAUUGAAGCGGUUCGAUAUUGAAGGCAAGACUGUUGAUAUCUACGUGAAUAAGUUCGAACCAGGCCAGCAGGUGUGUGUGAUCUUUCAACUGGAGAAAUACCUGGACGUGGAAAACGUGAAGCCUGCCGCUGUAAAGGUGUACGACUACUACGAGACAGAACAGGCAGCUUCGACUCUUAUACAGCAUAGAUGAAUGCAAGUAAGCAGCUAAUGGCAGCGACCAGAGGGAUAUGGAAAUCGAUAUCAUUAUAUCACCAAUCGAAAAGCAUCACUGUCAUCAUAUUAAUUACCAUCGAUGACAAAGACGUUAUCGUUGGCUGUGUUAAAAGUAUGCGUCACAGCUAUAUAUCUAUUGAGGUUUGCGGGACGUUUUUAAACAUAAAAUUAUGGGAAAAAAAGAGAGCAGGUAUGAAAUUUGGCUAGUCAUGAUAGUGAUACCGUAAGCAUAUUCAAUAGUUCAUGCAUGGCAUGAGCAAUAUUUAAAUAUUGGACUUCGUGAAAAUCGUCUUUCCUCCGUGUGAUUAUCCAUAUUAUUUGGUCAAUAAAUUAUUUAAGGCAA